CCAUGUUUUUCGCUGGGAGGAUGACAUGACAUGAACUUUUCUCCGCAGGCUCCGCUGCCCCUCCUCCAUCAGCUGAUGCGUAUUGUCAGCCCUGGCAGGAAGUGCAUCUGAGCGUCUCUCUGGCACAUGAGGACACGAAGCUGUUUUAUUCUCAGCCAACUCAUCAACUAACUCGUCCUGUGACGGUAAACGAACAGUUCCUCACAUGAGCGAGUGGUCACGUCAACGGGGGUUUCUCUACGCGUUCUCUUAGCUGCGAGCUACGGAACAAAAGCAUCAGGUGAUGGACAGUUGUGGGAGAGGACGACCAUGGGGGAAGCUCGUCAAAGUGGACUCCAGUGAGACGGUGCUGCUGUUCAACAGGGAAUGCACAGUUGGCAGGAAAAAGGGAUGUUCUCUGUCAUUUCCAGCCAGCAAGCUGGUGUCAGGGGAGCACUGCAAGAUUGUGCAAGAUGAAAGCUCAGGCGUGGUGUGGCUUGAAGACAUGAGCACGAAUGGCACAGUGAUCAACAUGUCCAAACUGGUGAAGAAGCAAACUCACAUGCUACAGAGCGGUGAUGUCAUCUACUUUGUCUAUAGGAAAAGUGAACCAGAGCAAAACAUCGCCUAUGUUUACCACUCAAUCAAAACGGAGCAAGCUAUUUCAGAACCUUGUUAUGACGUGGAGAGACCAGCCCACAGUCCUGCUCCUGUCCCAGCUUCAGACAUGUCGCUCUCCGUGGAGCCUGUGAUGCUCACAAAGGCUCCUUGUGAUCCGACUCAGGAGGAACCUCAACCCUCCACCUCAACUUCCCACUUCUGCAUCGAGAGCCCCCUCACUUCUGGUCCCAUGGCAACCGCAGCCUCUCCUGCCUCUGGCCUUGCUAAAGAAGAUAUGGACAAUAUGGAGCCAGAAAGCAAAAGGCGUAAAAAAGAUGAUGAUAAAGGUUAUGAUUCACGUUCGCCACAAACCUCCAGUGCGGAAGUCAUCGGUGCAUCUAAGGGAAGUCAUGGCCGUCUUUUACCCAAACCACCAGUGGAAGGGGCUAAAACUGACAAGAUGGAGGAGACUCUGACAUGUGUUAUUUGCCAGGACCUGCUGCAUGACUGUGUCAGUUUGCAGCCUUGCAUGCAUGUCUUCUGUGCUGCCUGCUACUCGGGCUGGAUGGAGCGUUCUUCCCUUUGCCCCACCUGCCGCUGCCCUGUGGAGAGGAUUCGUAAGAACCACAUCCUCAACAACCUUGUGGAGGCCUACCUCAUCCAGCACCCAGAGAAGUGUCGCAGUGAUCUGAAGAGCAUGGACAGCCGUAACAAGAUAACUCAGGACAUGUUGCAGCCAAAAGUUGAGCGCUCUUUCUCUGAUGAGGAGGGCUCAGAUUACCUCUUUGAGCUCUCUGACAACGACAGUGACUCUUCAGACUUUAGUCAGCCUCUAUUGAUGUGCAGACAGUGUCCCGGCUACAGGAGGGAGGUCAGUCAGGUGCUGUUUGCUACAGGUUCAAACUACUGGUUCGCUGGUCUGUCCGCUCCACCACCUGUACCCGCUCCACCCAAACCAGAAAAUGAAGAAGGCUCUGCAAAGCCCACAGGGGAGCAGCCCUCAACAUCCUCUGAUGACCCCUCUGGUGAUUCUCCUCAGGAGUACUGCUGCCCCCCUCAGGGCUGCCAUUUCAUCUGCACCUGCUGCCUCCAGCCAAUGCCAGACAGACUGGCAGAGCUGAACAGCCAGCAGGUCGCUGCUCAACAUUGUGUGCUGUGCCAGCGACCCUUCUGUCACAUGUACUGGGGCUGCCAGAGGAUUGGCUGUCAGGGCUGUCUGGCUCGAUUCAGUGAGCUCAAUUUGACAGACAAAUGUUUGGAUGGAGUGCUUAACAACAACAACUAUGAGUCGGAGAUCCUCCAGAACUACCUGUCCUCGCGAGGGAAGUCAUGGAGAGAUCUUCUUCAGGAGGCUCUGCAGGGUUUACAGCAAGCAAACUACUGUCUAACAGAUUGCCGCAUCUCUGCAAACACCGUCACGUGCUUCUGCUGCGGCCUGCGAGCGUUCAAGGAGCUGGCCUACAAGUACAGACAGAACAUCACUCUUUCUGAACUGCCAGCUGCUGUAGCAUCUCGCCCCGACUGUUACUGGGGGCGCAACUGUCGUACGCAGGUGAAGGCUCAUCAUGCAAUGAAAUUCAACCACAUUUGUGAGCAGACACGUUUCAAGAACUGAGGCAGAAGAGUGGUUUGUCUCCUCAGUGUCAAAUGUACCGAUCAUCUCACACAUUGGACAUGAGACACGAUCUUGUUAGGUUUUUGUUAUGUCCAUCGUAGCCUUCCUGCCAUUAUGCAAUAAAUUAAUGCAGAAAUUACAAUCAGUAUACAUUUACAAUAGUGAAAAGUGUGAAAUAAUGCUAUGCACAAAUUCUACUUUGACAACUAAAGUUAAGUUUCAAGAUGUUCAGACCUGGGUAUUUGCAUUUAACAGCAGCCACCAUUUAUACUGGGAUCAUGUCUCUGUGGCUCAUGCAUUUGUCUAAUUUUCCCGGUAACAACCACUUUUUGACAGUAUUUUAUUUGUUAGGGUGGUUAAAGGUGAUAGUGAAUUGUACUUCCUGGUAUGUCAGGCCUCCAGCCUGUGUGACAAAAAUGUUUUCCUCUCAGAUAAAGAGCGAUUGAGGCAAUCUGUACGGAAUAAGGCCAUGUGCUGUAUGUACACAUACAAAUGUUGAUAUGCAUGUUUUAUGUUAUAUCUUUAUUCAGCCUUAGUUAUAGAGUCUUAAAGGAUCUGAUGCAUAUUUUCUAUUUUACUUCAGUGUUUUAACAGGCUUAAGAGAUGCGGGGCUCCAAAUCGAAAGUCAACAUAAACAUCUGUUGCAGUAAAAGUGAAGUGAAAAAUAGUAUUACAGUUAUAGUAAUGCACUGUGGCACCACUCUGUGCAGAUAUGAUUCUUACAAGAUCAUGUCUCACCUCUGAUGGUCGGUUCCUGUUUUGCAAGAGCAAAAAGCCAUGUCAAAGCCCCUCACACAAAGUAGGGUAGAUUUAUAAUCCCAUGUGAUAUUCGUGUAGGAUUUCAUGUCUGUGGGAAGGGGAUCAAUGUGUUGUAAUGCAGUCAGAGGGCACGGGGGCCUCCUUUGUAUGCUUUGCUCUGGAUAAUCAUCUCCGAAGUGAUUAAAGUUGUGUAGAAGGGACGUGUUCUUAGAGCCUUGUAGUAAGGGCUAAGCCUCCAGGAAAUGCAGUUACUCCACGUCGACCCAGGAGUGGAAGAAAAUCGGCUGCACUCUAAGCAACCACUAACAGUUAAUGAGGCUGAAUCUGAUGGUGCUUGUUUUCAUAUGCAACGUGUUGCAGGUUACACAGUGCCAAUACAAACACAAGAGUGUGUUUUGUCAUUUGGGUUCUAGUUAUAUAUGUUGUAACUUACCUUGCAAGCAUUUUGAUAGAGGUUUAUUCAGAUUGUGUUGAAGUUUUUGAGAUUUUAGUGGAUCAGAGGGUUGGGUUUAGUUUGAUUUAAAAUUUAAGUUAAAUAGAAUCAUUUUCUCUGGUUCCUCAGGUCCACAGAGCUGCUGUUUUGUUGUGUUAAAUGCAGGCUAACCAUGUUUAAUGGUCCAAGGAUCUGUGUCAAUGUAAAAGUCUAAGAGCUUGACAUGCAUGCAUCAGUAUUGAUUUAGAUUCUACAAAUCAGCCUGCAGGGUUUUUCCCUUUUCUUACAGUUUUCACUUCAAGAGGCCUUAUAUACUGAAAUACUAGGAUAAAUAUGAGUCUUGAUGGUCACCUGUUUGUUUGUUUUUUUGUUGGUAGGGUCACUGUUAGUGUGUAGAAAUACUGGUGAAUAUGAAGAAUAGAGGGAAGAGAAAAUGUUCAAAUAAGGCCUUGGCUUGCUUUAGUAUAUUAUGUAUAGUUUCACACAUUAAUGUUGGUCUUGUUUUUUUUAAAUGACUUAGUUUACUUUUGCUUAAUGUUUCUAUAUUGUACAGCUAUGAGGGUAUUUGCACAUAUUUGUCCCACACACAUUUAAAGGCUUCUUUUUUAAAGUUUAAGAUAUGAACCCAACAUCCUGGAGGAAGGGUCUGUGGUGUAUGGGUUGUGAAUAAUCUUGCAAAUAACACAAACUUUUUAAUCAUGAAGUGUUUCAUUCCAAAAUCAGAUAUACAUCACCAAAAAGAAAAAUACACAUUUGAAAAAUAUACUUUUUUUAAAGAUAUCCAUAACAUUGUAAGAGUUUUAGAAAAGUAUGUGCAUUUCUGUUAUAGUCUUAGUAACAUCAGUCAUAUAUGUAUACAGUAUGUGUUGUUUUGGAAUGUAGCUCUUUAUUUUCAUUGCAAAUCUUACAUGGAUUUGUGAAUGGGCACUUUCCCGGCCUCUGCCUGAGCUCCUUAGUUAAUUUGUGGUGUUAGCAUGGCGGUGCAGGUGUAUUUUGUUGUUUUGUUUCUUGGCCGCCCUCAGCCACAGUGGGUCCAUAUUGGCAUUCCUCAGCAGCUCAGGCCCUCAGCACAAGCCUGGUCGAUCCCCCCGACGGAGUGGCUAGGUUUUAAUUACUCCCAACAGGAGAUCUGGGCACCCUAAGCCAACAGCAGUUUCAAGCCGCUCCAAUCAGGGAUUGGCAUUAAAGCAGCUUUGGAGGCGUGCUUUGCAUUCUCCGUGGGGUCGGACGUGAGGGGUUAUGUUGUAUGUCGAGGCAAAUAUUUACUCACCUUGUGUGCAAAAGUCUGGACCAAGCUGCUCAGCAGUAACGGAAAGAGGCAGGUUUCAUUCUACCUCAGCACAGCUUCCAAGAACGUGGAAGACUGAACAGGCAUCAGUGUCACAUCGGUUCAAAGCCGGCCGUGCAUCUCACAGUGCCAUGAUGAUGAUGAUGCCUGUAAACUUUGUAAACAAUGCACUACGUGAACUAUUAGUCCACUAUAAUCCAAUUAAAUCACUAGAGUAGCACUAGGCACAUGCAGUUUGAGAAUUGUUUCAGAGUUUGAUCAAUGUUUCUUCCGCCUGUAUGUUGUAUCAGCAAUGCAACAUUUUUCCUUGAAAUGCAAAUGGAUCUGAUCUGCUUGUCUACCAUCACAAAUUAAAGAGAUAGCUGUCUGUAGAAAUGGACUUGUUUUUGUCUGUACCUCAAACUUAAUUUAAAAAUGUGAUUGGCUUAUUUUACUUCUAUUGGAUGUUUGACACAAGAAAGACUUUUCCACAUUCAUCAGUUGGAUGGAAAAAGCUUCUCUGUGCUCACCUUUUAAACCUGAGUUGUGGGUGUGAGCUGAAUUUUGUGACAUCACAAAGGAAGAAGCCAAUCGUGAUCCAAACCCACCAAGAGAAGUAGUUAAACGUGAAAUGAACACUGUACAGCUUCUUAGAUUUUUCUGUGAAUAUUCUUUGUUUUGGGGGUCUUUCAUUAACAGAUGCGACCUCCGGUUCAGUAGGGUCCAGUUUAAUAAGGUUUGUCUCUGUAGUGUCACCUAGUGCAAGUGGUGUUCACAUAAAUGCAAUAAAUCCCAGUUUUCCUCAA